ACAGUUCACGUAAUGCAUUGUGGGUAGGUCAGGAACAGUCAGGACGCCAUGUGCUGUUGAGGCAUAGGAACUGGACCUGCUGGGAAAAUUUGGACCGCUGAUAGAUAAACUGCAGGUUAAACAACUCCAGUGACCGUUAGCAUGUACUGUACCAGACGCUGCCUCCGGACCGUGCUGCGGGCCACCUCGAGCACACACCGGCAACAUCUUCAGCGGCAGGCUCCAGCCUUGUGUGCUCUCAGACUUCUCCAGACGAGUCCAGCCUCUCACUCAGAUGCCAUUGUCACCCCCCCACUAGAUGGAGCACCCAAACAGUAUUCCCCAAAAAUCCAACAGCUUGUCAGUGACAUAGCCAGCCUCACUUUGUUAGAGGUGUCAGACCUUAAUGAGCUCCUCAAGAAAACUCUCAACAUUCAGGAUGUUGGGAUGAUGCCAAUGGGGGCAAUGGCUGCAUCCGCUGGUCCUGCUGCUCAGCCUACAGAAGAGGAGGAGGAAGUACCAGCUAAAAAGGAGAAGACUCAUUUUACAGUAAAAUUGACAGAAUUAAAGGCAGCGGACAAAGUAAAGCUUAUAAAAGAAGUGAAGAACUGCAUACAAGGCUUGAAUCUGGUCCAGUCCAAGAAACUAGUGGAGUCUCUUCCUCAGGAAAUCAGGGCCAAUGUAUCCAAAGAAGAGGCCGAAAAGCUUAAAGCAGCCCUGGAGGCAGCAGGGGGCACUGUGGUGUUGGAGUAGAUCUGCACAUCAUGUUCACCUGUACUCUGCCCUAUUGCUGGUCAUGCACUUCGUCCUUCAUAAUGUUUUUUUUUUUUUUUUUUUUAAA